UCUUUGGUCUGCAUCGCCCUCAUCUCCAGGACCUCGCUAUAGCGGUCGCAUCACAAUGGCAGAAACAGCACAAUCUCCCUCCACCACGAACCCCUCCGACAACCAAACAUACCUUACAUGGUCCAACUUCUUCUCCAUCCUCACGAAUACCGCACCCCCAGCGACCCGCGAAGCCUACUUCAACGAACGCGAUAUCCGAAACGAAGAACGCGACAUCAAACGCGCCGAAGACGACGUGAAAUGGCUCUUCAAAGCCUCCCCCAUCAUAACCUUCCUCCAACACCAAAUCAACCUCCUCGGUCCCGCCGACGGCUCCGCCUCCAUCGGCCCUCACAACGUCCGCUGCCGCCGCUGCGACACGAAACAAAGCGGCGGCUUCUCCUCCGAACACGGCAUCCUCUUAUGCGCCAACCACUUCCGCAACCGCGGCCACUUAGAAGACACUCUAGCACAUGAAAUGGUUCACGCAUACGAUCAUUUGCGCUUUGUAAUGGAUCCUCUAGAUCUGAGACAUGCGGCUUGUAUGGAGAUUCGAGCGAGUAUGUUGUCGGGGGAGUGUCGAUUUGCGAGGGAAUUCUUUACACGAGGGCAGUGGAGUUUGACGCAGCAGUUGCAGGAGUGUGUGAGAAGACGGGCGACGAUUUCGGUUGCGAAUCGGCCGGCUUGUAAGGAUGAUGUGCAGGCUGCGAGGGUGGUGAAUGAGGUUUGGGAUAGUUGUUUUAAUGAUACGAGGCCGUUUGAUGAGAUUUAUAAGUGAGCGGGAGCAGAUGAAAGAGGAUGCAUACUGCAUAUUGGGCGAAGUGCUCUGCCGUGGAAGCAUGGAGACGCUGAAGAGAUGAUCACACGCCCAGGUUGGAGCAUGUAGAGGGUGAUGAGGACAUGACGUACUUGAUAGAGGACAAGCCAUCAAGCUUGAUGCUGUCCAGAAUGAGACAGGGGCGGAGUGAGACGUGGUACCAGCAGCUGCGUCAGAGAGCUAGACGUGAUCUGCUGCAGCGUAUGUUAUGACUGCACGCCCUUGGAGCUGUCGGAGGAUACACGAAAGUUCCGAAUUCUUGCGGUAUGUCCCCAUGGCUCUGAGUCUUGUGCGGAAUCGAAACCUGACGAUGGCUAGUUGGCAUGGCUUCAAGAGCCGUAGUGAUCUGGAGAGUGGCAGGGUCUGGUCACAAUCGCCUGUGAUAAUAUAGAAGUACGCCCGGACGAUGGA